AUGGAUACCAGCACGCGAAAAUUCACAGUGCGGAGAUGGUUUUCUAUCUACCUGAAGAACAAGGCUGCAAGGAACAAAAACAACACCGGCUUCUGUCAGCUAGAGGAUGACAGUAUCCUGAAGGAGAUUGACAUCAGCCACCAUGUUAAGGAAGGCUGUGAGAAAGCAGACCCCUCUCAGUUCCAGCUGCUUAAAGUGCUUGGACAGGGCUCCUAUGGAAAGGUGUUUCUGGUGAGAAAGAUCAGAGGAGUGGACAGAGGACAGCUGUAUGCCAUGAAGGUCCUGAAGAAAGCCACACUGAAAGUUCGGGAUCGCGUGCGGUCUAAGAUGGAAAGAGACAUUCUGGCAGAAGUGAAUCAUCCAUUCAUAGUUAAACUGCACUAUGCCUUCCAGACAGAAGGAAAGCUCUAUCUGAUCCUAGACUUCCUACGAGGGGGAGACCUUUUCACUCGUCUGUCAAAGGAGGUAAUGUUUACAGAAGAGGAUGUGAAGUUCUACCUUGCUGAGUUGGCCCUGGCCUUGGACCAUCUACACAGUCUGGGAAUCAUCUACAGGGACCUCAAACCUGAAAAUAUACUUCUGGACGAAGAAGGAAACAUUAAGAUAACUGACUUUGGAUUGAGUAAGGAGGCCAUCGACCAUGAUAAAAGAGCGUAUUCCUUCUGUGGAACAAUCGAGUACAUGGCACCAGAGGUUGUGAACAGGAGAGGGCAUACACAAAGUGCUGACUGGUGGUCAUUUGGGGUACUUAUGUUUGAGAUGUUGACAGGAUCAUUACCGUUCCAAGGAAAAGACCGGAAGGAAACAAUGGCACUUAUUCUAAAGGCGAAGCUGGGAAUGCCACAGUUCCUCAGUCCUGAAGUGCAGAGCUUAUUACGAGCGCUCUUCAAGAGGAACCCUGCUAAUCGACUAGGUGCAGGACCAGAUGGAGUGGAGGAAAUAAAAAGACACCGCUUCUUUGCAUCGAUAAACUGGGUUAAGCUGUACAGGAAAGAAAUGCGGCCUCCGUUCAAACCGACAGUUGGAAGACCUGAAGACACUUUUCAUUUCGACCCUGAGUUCACCUCCAGAACGCCCACCGAUUCUCCCGGCCUCCCUCCGAGCGCAAACACACACCAGCUGUUUCGUGGCUUCAGCUUUGUUGCAACGAAUCAAAGUCAGGAGCCUAUUGUUGCUACGGUAGCAGCUUCUCGACAGGAGGUGAACAACAUCAACCCCAUAACAAAGCAUCUCAAAGGUGAUGUCGCCUUCAGUGAUGUAUAUGAGCUUAAGGAGGAAGUUGGACAGACAACGAAUUCUGUCUGCAAAAGAUGUUUGCACAGAGUUACUGCUGUGGAGUAUUCAGUGAAGAUCAUUGAGAGGGCGAGGAAAGAUCCAUCAGAGGAGAUUGAGAUUCUUUUAAGAUACGGACAGCAUCCAAAUAUUAUUACCCUGAAGGAUGUGUUUGACGAUGGCCAGUGUGUGUCCCUAGUUCAGGAUUUACUGAGAGGAGACGAGGUGCUGGACAGAGCUCUGACGGUGCCACAUUUCACAGAGAGAGAUGCGUCAGACAUCAUCUGCACGCUGACCAAGACUGUGGAAUAUUUACACUCACAGGGGGUUGUGCAUCGAGACCUGAAGCCCAGUAAUAUUCGCUACUCUGAUGACAGUGGACUCCCAGAAUGCAUCAGGAUAAGUGAUUUUGGUUUCGCCAAACAGCUCAGGGCUGAGAAUGGCUUGUUGAUGACCCCCUGUUACACGGCUACGUUCAUGGCUCCUGAGGUUCUGAAGAAGCAGGGUUAUGAUGCAGCCUGUGACAUCUGGAGCAUGGGGAUCAUGCUCUACACCAUGAUAGCUGGUUUCAGUCCGUUUGCCAGCAGUUCUGAGGACACAGCAGAGGAAAUUCUGGCUCAAAUCGGCUGCGGGAUAUUCAUUAUCACAGGGGGGAACUGGGAGCUGGUAUCAGACGCUGCCAAGGACAUUGUGAUCAAGAUGCUCCAUGUGGAUCCUCACCAGCGCCUCACUGCUCCCCAGGUUCUUCGUCACCCCUGGAUUGUAGACAGAGACCAGCUCUCUGACAAAGCUCUCAGCAGACAAGAUGCUCUUACUGUCAAGGGGGCACUGUCUGCCACCUACUCCGCUCUGAAGCGCUGUGCUCCUGCUCCAGUCCUGGAGGCUGUUCAGUCCUCCAGCCUGGCUCAGCGGCGAGGAAUGAAGAACCUUGAGAGUCCCAAAGUUAAUUCAGAACUUAAAGAAAAGUAGUCGACUCAACAAUCCAAAUUAAACAUCGAGCCACUUGAUUGAAGAAGACCUUCUCUUUUUUAAAAGCACAAACCUUGUUACUAAGUGCUUCUCGGCUAUAAACUGAAUGUAGCCGGAAAAUCACAAAGUGACUAAAAGCCUAAUUAUCUAUAACAAUAAAGAAGUCAACGAACACUGGCUUCAGGACUAGCUUCAGAUCAAUCUAUUUAAAGUGUACAUUUUUUAUCUUUUACAUUUUAAACUAAUCUGAUACUGUGACACUGUGCACCUGCACAUACAAUGUGACUCUAAAUCUGAACAAAACUCAAAGGCUUGAAGAAGUUUUCUAUUAUUAUUCUUUUUUAAUCCUAAACACAGAGGGUUUCAUUCAAAAUGCAGAAGCCUUAUCCAAUCCCUCAGUUCUCCUGUGGGAAUUACAAGCUGACUUCAAUAAUAAUAAUAAUAAUAAUAAUAAUAAUAAUAAGCUUUAUUUGUAUAGCACCUUUCAUACAAGAAUUGCAGCCCAAAGUGCUUCACAGCAAAAACAUAACAAUAGGUCGAAAAAACAUCCACAUUUUAUUCUCACUUUAAUAUCGAUCUUGUCUCUCAGUUUCUCAUAGUUCGGCCUUGGCUAUAAGAUUGCCAGUAAGUGAACUGAUCUGCGGCUGAUAUUUAAAGCGAACACUCGGACGUCGACUUCUUUUUGGUCAGACAUGUCGGAAUACACUUAGAGCAGUAGUGCAAUAUACACAGACACAACAUUCAUAUCUAUAGAAGCUCCAGCAGCUGAAAGUGGAACGGAUUAGUCUGGUCACCAAAAUGAGAAAAAGACGUAUUUUGUGCCACGCACAACAUGCCAAGUCGUCGGUUUACUUUAAUUUUCAUAUUUAGCACAUGCAUAUAUGUCACCAGGAGUUCAUGCCAUACAUCAACACUGUCCUCCACAGUCGUUACUCUAACAUACAGUAUAUCUAACAAUAGAUGUUAGAGUAACAUGUAUUUAAAUGAGGUACUCUCACUGUGAUUAGAACAUUUCUCCACCAAUCAAUCCUCUGAAUUCCACAGAGUUAUGCAUGUUACAAAUGUAAAUAUCCUACCAAAGGGAAUCAUUGAGUUAGCAAUGCCAUUGAAGUCUUAUUCUUCAUAAUAUGCUUAAUCAUUUUACUGUAUGUAUCGUUGUCUUCCAGAACUACGGCCUUUGACUAUUGUAAAAUGUAUUGUUCAAUGUAUCACUACUGCACUUCCCAGAUCAGAUGGAAACGGAGAGAUAUGAAGAUAUGUGUGUUGAACGUAGUUUGUUGUGUUGCAUAAAGUAUGUUAUUUGGCUUAAGAGUUGACCCAGAGAGCAUCAUAUGGCGUUUUGGUAAAUGUCCCACUCAUAGCAAAACUCUGCAGCCUGUAUUACUUUGUAAUUAUUAACUCAGCAUUCAGUGUAAUACAUAUCAUCAUUCAGUGUCUGCUCGCGUGUGUCAAGUAUGCUGUUAGUUUCUGAAAGCCAACAUGUUUGAGACCCACUGUGUCAGAGGAUUGUAUAUACUGUCUUUUGCUGCUGCCCUGAUUGUGUCUAAUAAGUUGUACAAUCACAAAUACGAGGUAAGACUGAACAGGGUGUUUUGCAGACAUGAGUAGCACACUUUGUGUUGUACAAUUAACCAGUAGAAAUGUAGAUCAUGAUGCUCCACAAUUGACACACAUUCUUUCUGGUCAGAGGUAAAAAAAAACAAAAACAAAGCAUAUUGUGACGUGUAACCAAUAAGUACUGUAGCAGAGAUACAAUAAUUUUGUACAUAUUAUGUUGGCCGAUACAGAGGCCGUAUGUGUUGGCUGUAACUGUGAGAGGUGGAGCCGGCACUUAUGCAACUAUGCGUAUUCAGAUAAGGUUGUAGAUAUUAUGUUGUACAACUACAAAUUUGAGGUAAAGCUGUAAAUAUUGUUUACUAAUUUAGAUUGUACAUAUAUUGUUGUUCAACUAUCUGCAAGCAGUAAGACUGUAUAUAUUGUGUUUGCAGAUAUUUAGAGAUUGUACAUAUUAUAUUGUGUUGUGCGUCCAUUGCUCAGAGUGUACAUACUGUCUAUAUCUGGCCAAUCUCUGAAAUUAUUGGCUAGAAUGCCAAAGUUUUACAAAUAAAGGAAAAGAACAGAAAUGGCA